ACCGCGCGAUGGGGCUGCGCGCUGGCGGCAGGACCGGCGCCAGCCGCGGGGCGCCCGAGGGUCCCGGGUCGGGCGGCGGCGCUCAGGGCGGCAGCAUCCACUCGGGCUGCAUCGCUGCGGUGCACAACGUGCCGCUGAGCGUGCUCAUCCGUCCACUGCCGUCGGUGCUGGACCCGGCCAAGGUGCAGAGCCUGGUGGACACGAUCCGGGAGGACCCGGACAGCGUGCCCCCCAUCGACGUCCUCUGGAUCAAAGGGGCCCAGGGGGGCAACUACUUCUACUCCUUCGGGGGCUGCCACCGCUACGCGGCCUACCAGCAGCUGCAGCGCGAGACCAUCCCUGCCAAGCUGGUCCAGUCCACCCUCUCGGACCUGCGGGUCUACCUGGGGGCCUCCACUCCCGACCUGCAGUAGCAGCCUCCUCCCACCCCAGGAGCCCGGAAUUCCACCUGGCCAGCAGGCGGGGCCACGCAGAAGGCACAGCAGGGAUGUGUGCGGUUUCUUUGUGCCUUGGGGGACCGUCUGACUCUGGCUCUGCCUUUGCUAACGGCCAGGCCUUGGACUCAGGCAGAACAGGGUGGGAGCCCCAGUUGUCACCUCUGAAAGUAUGAUCAUGGCCUUAUCCUCCAAGGACUGUUGAAGAUGAGAUGAGAAAAGAGAUGGACUUGGAGAGCUGCAAGCUGCUGGCUCCAGAGUCCCAAGGACAAGGCCCUUCUUCACACUCUUCAUGAUACCUUGCUCUGUGAUUACGUUCGGCUGCAAGUAAAGGAAAGCCUAGGUUCCAGUUAACAAGGAGAGGUUUAUUUUUCCACACAGCAUGAAUUCUGGAAACAAAUGGCCCAAAUGGUGUCACUUCAACAGUGCAGUGAAGGCAGGGCUUAUAUCUCUGUGAUCCCUUUGCCCUGUCCUCCUUGUUUGCUACUUCAUGGUCACAAGAUGGCUGCUGUGUCUCCA